ACUUGAAGACCAAACAGUGACUGUCCGCCUUCAAUUCAUUUACUCAAAAAUUCCAAAACUUUUUUUCUUUCUCUCUCCAAACAGAAAAUCAUUUUCCCUCAUUUUCUCUCUUACUUUCCCGCUUUAUCCUUAAUUAUCUUUGGAUGGGGUAUCGUUAGUGUAAAGAUUUGUGCUUUGAGUGAGAAGGAGGAAGAAGAGUAGUCAAACCCGUCUUUACUUUGACUCUUUGAUCUUAGUUGGGGUUAGGGGAUAGUGUUUAUUCAGAGAUCAGUGAGGGAUUUGGGGUUUUCAAGCUUUGUUUUAAGGGGGUUUUGUUUAAUUCGAGUGUUUGUUUGGAUCUAUUUCGUUUAAUUGGUUGUUUUGUGUUUGUGAAGAGUGGUGAGGAUUGAGAUCUUGGGUAUUCUGGGUGUAUUUUCUUUUAGGAGUUUUUGUGUAAAAAAAUGCAGACCAGAUUAAUGGAGAGAACCAAUUCUAUGAGGGGAAAGAGGCCUUUAGAAGGGGGUGAAGAUGAGCAGCCUGAGAGAAAGCGGCCUGCUUUAGCUAGUGUUAUUGUCGAGGCUCUUAAAGUGGACAGUCUGCAGAAGCUCUGCUCAUCUUUGGAACCUAUUCUUCGGAGAGUUGUUAGUGAGGAAGUUGAACGUGCUUUGGCGAAGAUAGGGCCUGCAAUGCUUAAUGGAAGGUCUUCCCCAAAACGAAUUGAAGGUCCAGAUGGUCGAAACUUGCAGCUGCAUUUCAGGUCUAGGUUGUCUCUUCCUCUCUUCACGGGUGGAAAAGUUGAAGGAGAGCAGGGUGCUGCAAUUCAUGUUGUUUUGAUUGAUGGCAGCACUGGUCAACUUGUAACAACUGGACCUGAAGCCUCUGUGAAACUUGAGGUUGUUGUGCUUGAAGGUGACUUUAACAAUGAAGAUGAAGAAGGUUGGAGCCAAGAAGAAUUUGAAAGUCACGUAGUGAAAGAACGUGAAGGGAAAAGACCUUUGCUGCACGGAGAGCUUCAGCUGACCCUUAAGGAUGGGGUAGGAACAUUAGGUGACUUUAUAUUUACAGAUAACUCAAGUUGGAUAAGAAGCAGGAAAUUCAGACUUGGAUUAAAGGUUGUCUCGGGUUUUUGUGAGGGUAUACGCAUACGUGAAGCAAAGACUGAAGCUUUUACUGUUAAAGACCACAGAGGGGAAUUAUACAAGAAACAUUACCCACCAGCAUUGGGUGAUGAGGUGUGGAGAUUGGAGAAGAUUGGCAAAGAUGGGUCAUUCCACAAGAGGCUUACUAAAGCAGGAAUACUCACAGUUGAAGACUUUCUUCGGCUUGUGGUCCGAGAUUCUCAGAAGUUGCGGAAUAUACUUGGAAGUGGCAUGUCAAAUAAGAUGUGGGAAGCUCUAUUGGAACAUGCUAAGACUUGUGCCUUGAGUGGGAAGCAUUAUGUUUAUUAUCCCGAAGAUACAAGGAACGUUGGUGUUAUCUUCAACAACAUCUAUGAGCUGAGUGGUCUUAUUGCAGGGGACCAGUAUUAUUCUGCCGAUUCUCUCGAUGAUAACCAAAAGGUUUAUGUAGAUACUUUAGUGAAGAAGGCAUAUGAGAACUGGGAUCAAGUUAUCGACUAUGAUGGAAAAUCACUUUUGGGCUUCAAGCAAAAUAAAAGGCUAAAUGCUCCUAGAAAUGAACUCCAAGUUGGUACUAGUAAUUAUGCUGUUGCUUCCGAUAAUCAACUUCCACUUUCUCAUGUUCCAAUCGCUCCUCCCGAGCAGACUCCCCUUAACUCUGGCCUACCUGCUCUUGGGUAUAAUGAUGAUCCAUCAACUAGAUAUUCGAUCCAGCAGGCUCCACUUGCAAAUUCAAGUUCUCACCCUCAGUUCGAUAGCAAUUCAUUUGUGCAACAUGACCAGUUGAUUAGCAAUUCUCAUGGAGCUGAAGGCCUAAGAAAUGAAAACAGUUCUGUUGGACUGGCUCUUGCUCCUCCUCAAUCAUCUACUUCCGUAUAUCAGAUGGCCAACCAUUCGAUUCAUCCAUCUACGAUUAAUCCUUUUGACGACUGGUCACACAACCGGAACAAAGGAGUUGACGAAUUCUUCUCAGAGGAAGAGAUUCGUAUCAGAAGUAAUGAAAUGCUCGAGCACGAGGAUAUGCAACAUUUGCUUCGACUCUUUAGUAUGGGAGGUCAUUCAACCAUGAAUGUACCCGACGAUACAUUUUCUUUCCCAUCAUUCAUGCAAUCACCGAUGCCAAACUUUGAUGAAGACCGCAACCGUCCUGGUAAAGCUGUUGUUGGAUGGCUUAAAAUUAAAGCAGCAAUGAGAUGGGGUUUCUUUAUCAGAAAGAAAGCAGCAGAGAGACGGGCACAGAUCAUCGAGUUGGAUGACGAACUAGACAACAGUCCUUAAAUACUCUCUGCUAUAAGUGCCCGCCCACAGCUUCUUCGGUUGUCAAAACUGCUUGAAAUUGUUGGUUUCAGAAGCGCUGACAUACUCACCGAUGUUUGUGGAGAAUCUCUUACAAGGCAGGGGAUUCGAUCGUGUACAGUUACCGGUACAGUAAGCCUUUUCUGUUUUUCCAGUUUUUUCUUUUUUUUCUCUUUUUAUAUUGUUUUGUAUUUACUCUUCUAUGGGGUUUGUAAUGAUGUAUGAUAGUGUUGAUCUUAGGGGACAAAAUACCCUUUAUUUUUAUUUUAUUUAUUUAGGGAAACACUUCUAAUUGAUCCUGACUUUUGAUUGUUAAUUUUAGUUGAUUUUUGCUCAAA